ACAGGACUAACGCGGCCGCAGAAUCCGACAGGCUGUGGCGCUCGCCACAACAGCCCUUCCCUCCCCUCUUGCGCUCACUGUGCGUCAUCUGUGGUCUCCAGCAGUGUUUGAGAACGUCCACGCCUAUGCCGUCCACCGUCCUACGCACUCUGUCAAUAUUCCUCUUCGCCACCAGCUCCCUCGUGCUCCUUGCCUCUCAAAACUUUCUGAGGGGAGGCGGGAAUGACCAUGAUGCACCGCGGGACUCAUACAGUUAUCGCGGAGACGACUACCCUCGCACGUGGUCCCUGCCUCUCCUCCGCACCGCGCACCUCUCGCACGAAGACAGCUUCCACUACGCCCUCGAAACCGAACUCGGGAUCGCAGAGUGGAACGCUACCUUGCCAAGUGGCGGCGCCGUGCUUCGCCUCGGACCCGACCAUCGUUCCUUCACCCUCUCCAUGUUCCAUCAAUUGCGAUGCCUGAACAUCAUCCGCGACACCCUCGUCGACCUCUACCACGACCGGUCCGCGGGCAUGGAAUCAAGGCGAGCGCGUAUGGCGGAGCACUGCAUGAACUACCUCCGCCAAACCGUCAGCUGCAGAGCAGACUUGCGGCUGGAGACCGUGCGUGCACCCUCGGGCGGGCAGGUCACAGCGUCGGACAUUACACAUACGUGCAAGGACUGGACAGCAGUGUAUAGGGCCGCGGAGGACAACUACGAACAUUAUCUCGCGACGGUCAGGGAGGACGACGGGUGAUGCAGAUACUAGAACAGAGAUGUAUGUACACAUAAACUUCGGAGAGCCCCUCAUGCAUGUUCGUGUUCCCCGUAGAUCGGUGGCGUAUACGCCUGCAUCUUUGCUCCACCCGUCGUAGUUCUGCGCGACGAAGUUAUAGAUAGGCGGCCAGUCCUUGCACUCAUGCACCCCAUGCGUCCGCUCGACCUCAAAAUCCUUCUCCUCGAAGUCCCCGGGCUCCAGCGCGAGGUCCGGCGAGCACAGGAUGCCUUGCCGCAGGUAGUUCAGACAGUGCUUGACGUGUGGAAAGGACGUCAUGUUCGGCGCGAACGCGAGGUUGAGCAUGCGCAGGCAGUGCAGCUCGUGGAACAUCGUCACGACGAACGUGCGGUUCUCGGGGCCGAGGCGCACGUAGCCGAAGCCGGGGGUCGAGAGCGAGAGCCAUUCGGCGUCCGUCGCGGACCCCAGGGGCGUGUAGUGCACCGUCUCCUCCAUGAGGAGGGAGAUGCGCUCGGGCUCGUGCGGGAGCGGGAGGAGCUCUGGGUAGUCGUGCCCCUUGUAUGAGUACUCUCGGGGCCACGACUUCGUGACCAGCCCUGACGGGCGUCGCGACCACAAGAAGACAUGCAACAAGUUCAGAACACUAGCGGAGAGGAGUAGAACGAUCACGAUCCUGUCGGAUAGCAUGUCGAGAUGUGCUCGAUGAGAGGGGGGUUGACGAAGUCCACCCAAGCCGUUGCGCUACCAUUCGGUACUUCCUAUUUCCUGGGAUGACCCCCAUGAUGGGACCGCAUCCCCGCCGCCUAUCCCCGCUGUUCCUACCCUGUCAGAGAGUACUGCACCGGUUUCCGUCUACUCUGACAGGCUUGGUAAUCCGUUCACGAUCAUGAUGCUUGGUUGACCGAUCAUCACGCCGAGUGGACCUGGAUAUUGAUAUUGUGUAGAUCUCCCGAAAGCGGUGUCCAGAUGUACGCUUCCGGGCUUUGCGUCCAUGUGGAUGAGGACGCCCACCGGUGCAUCAAAUGGAGCCCGAAUAGACCGGCGCGCUAGACCCUGUGAACGCAUCUGCACAUCCAAUGUUCAUCCCCUCGUUCAGCCCACUGACCGCGAUCUCGACUUUCCUGAGCGCGCUCCCCUUGUUGCACAUCGGUGUCCCCACCAUGCCUGCCACCACAGUCCCGGUCGACGAGGGCCUCAUCCCCUUUCCCUACCAAGGCGAGACCUUCCAAACCUACUACAAGGUCUUCGGCAGCCUUGAGAACCGCACCCGCCCCCCGGUAAUCGUCCUACACGGCGGCCCCGGCCUCUCGCACGACUACACCCUCCCGCUCGCGGACCUCACGAACCAAUCCUUCCCCGUGAUCUUCUACGACCAGAUCGGGAACGCCCGCUCGACGCACCUCCCCGACAAGCCACCCGCGUUCUGGACGAUCGACCUCUUCCUCGACGAGUUCGACAACCUCCUCACGCACUUCGGCAUCCAGGACGCGUACCACAUCGUCGGGCACUCGUGGGGCGGCAUGAUGGCGUCUGAGCUCGUCGUGCGGAGACAGCCCAAGGGGCUGCAGCGCCUCGUGAUCACCGACUCUCCGGCGGACGUGUCGAUGUGGGGAAAGUCGUUCAUGGAGCUUCUGGGCAAGUUCCCGCAGGCGGUGAAAGACGCGAUCGCGACGGGGUUUGAGAACCGGGAGGCGUACUGGAACGCCCUUCUUGAGGUGUACGCGGUGCACGGGUGUAGGGCGAAGCCGUUCCCGAAGGAUCUGGAGUACUCGCUGCUCCAGAUAUACGGCGAGGACGCAGACCGGACUGUGGACGAAGCUCCGAUACUCACCAAAUGGACGGUCGUCGAUCGUCUGCACCACAUCAAGGUGCCGACGCUCGUCAUUAACGGCCGCUACGACAUUGCGCAGGACUGGGUCACCAAACCCUUCGCGGACAACAUCCCGAAUGCGACGUGGAUCACGUUCGAGGAAUCGAGCCACACCCCGUUCUGGGAGGAGCGGGAGAGGUAUAUGCAGGUUCUCGGCGAUUUUCUGCAGAAGUGACGAGUGUCAGGAGUGUAAUUAGUGCUAUUGUAGACGCCAUGUAUCACCAUGUAUUCUGUAACCGAACGUCAGAAGAUUAGGCUCAUACCCGUAUAUAUACCUGGUCCAAUGUAAAGCACUUGUUUUGAAUAAAUA